UAAAAAUGUAGUAUGGUGGGGUUUAAUCAAUGAGCUAUAUACCUGUAUAACCCAAUGACCUGAGGAGGCGUAGUUAUUCUUAAAAAAUGAAAAUAAAAAACCAAAUCUGCCUCUGAAGAAGAAGCAGGUACUGCGCAGACUCGUGGAUCCACACAGCGCCCCCUACGGUGGCAGAAACCGAUAGUCGCGGAUUUUGGUUUGUCAUAACUUUAUUUACACUCGUAAAUUACAAGGUAGUCUGUUCGAGGCAACCACUUAACGUUAAGCGGAAUUUAUCUGUAAUAACAUAAAACAAAAGCAUUCAAUUUAUCGCUGUGAAGAAGAUUGUAACUCUACUAAACAAUGAGUGGCAGCGAGGACGGAAACUACAACAGAGGGGGCCAUGGGAGUCCAGCCCGGACCAAGUCGCAGAGCAAGUCUGGCUCCCAAAGCCCAUCUCAGGCGUGUAUUCGCUCUGAAUCUAGAUCCCACUCCCAUUCAAAAGUCAGGUCUCGCUCUCGGAGGCAAUCGAACCCGCACCGCUCGAAUUCUCGAUCCUGCUCUCCUCAGAGGAGGUCCCGCACUCCGUCCUACAGCCCUGACCAUCGCCGUAGGAGGAGCCAAAACGCAUCCCCAAUGUCCAGCCGCCGCCGCCAUACUGGUACCAGAGAGAACCCUGAUCCCAGCACUUGUCUAGGGGUCUUUGGCUUGAACUUGUCCACUACUGAGCGUGACCUGAGGGAGGUGUUUUCACGCUAUGGACGUCUGACUGGGAUCAAUAUGGUGCAUGACCAGCGCACUGGUCGCUCCCGCGGCUUUGCUUUUAUUUACUUUGAGAGGCUCUGUGAUGCGAGGGAGGCAAUAGAGCACACCAACGGCAUGAACAUGGAUGGAAGGCAGAUCCGAGUGGAUUAUUCAAUUACCAAACGCCCCCACACCCCCACACCGGGAAUCUACAUGGGAAGGCCAACUUACAAUGGAGGCGGCGGCGGCGGGGGCGGCGGUACCAGAAAGCGAAGGGACUCCUACUAUGAUCGCAGUUAUGACAGAUACGACAGAUAUGAAAGAUGUGAUGAGUAUGACUACAGGUAUAGUCGCAGGCGCUCGCCGUCGCCCUACUACAGUCGAUACAGGUCCCGUUCUCGUUCCUACAGCCCGAGGAGAUUCUAAAUUGCCUCCUUUUAACAUCAACUUCCCUUCAGGCGUAGCUGGUGUGUGAUUCUUCAUCGAGGAACAUUUUAAAUUGGCAGACCUUUACUAGCAAACUCAUCAUUUUGAGGUGGUUCUCGUGUACAAGUACUAGAUAUCUUCUAUUUUUGACAUUUUGAUGCAAGCAUGACAAGAGGGAGUAGCUAAGAUCUCGUCUCUUCAUUCUUCCGUCUGCAGCCUUCCUUCUCUUUUUGUUUUUCGUGCAACAUAGAUUGCCUGAUCUGUUAUUAUUAAUCAAAAUUGGUAUCGUGGUUGCUGGUAAUGCAUAAGAUUGUGAUCCUUGGUUUUCAACCUUUGCCUAGAAAAACCCCACAAAUGUAUCUUUGUCAAUUGAACUGAUCUACGUUCUUGCUCACAUUACAUUUUUUUUUCUUUGUUGAGGAAGUUGUAGUUUCAUCUCCCAGGUAAUAUGUGACUUUUCUUUGUGUUUGUAUAAUACAGUUCUAUCAAAACUCUUGGCUGUUCUGACUUUUCAUCCAUGCAUAUUCAAAUUGGUGUUCAUUGGUAUUAGUAGAUUGUAAAAUGACCAAAAGGUUGUUUAAAAUGGAAAAAAAAUGAAGUUUAACAAACCAAUAAAACCCAUAUUCUGCAUGAUAAA